AUGGAACCACCGGCCGUCCAAACGCUGAACUAUCCGUGGCCGACUAAGAUGAUGAUUCGUCCAUCGCCAGGUUGCGAGGAGACGAGAGUGAUCAACCUUCAGAUAGUCCCAAGUGAAGUGCAUGAUGAAGCAGUUGAGGUAGGUGAACGAUUGUCGAUGAGGACGCCAGUAGCGGCGACGACAGUACCGGCAGUGAGCGAGAUUUCAGAUGUUGAAGAUGAAACAACGGAUGUUCCGACAGGUGAGCUCGAGGGAGUGCUAGAUGACCAGGACUCCGAUGACGAUGAAUUCUUCGACUCGAUUAGUGUCGAAGAUGGUUUUCCGGAAACGAGCUUGGAAGAUAUUCCAAAAGUGGAACCCGAAGAUGAUGUUUUCUCGGACUUGCCAGUGUCAGUGAUGGCUUGCACGCCAGUUCAGAAGCUUGAGCUAGAUGCUGAGGAAUUGGACCUCGAACCCGCAGUGUAUAUUCAUGAAGGGAGCGAGACCUUAUCACAACUCCGAGAGCAACUUGCGUUGCUUCCGGAUAUCGAAGAAUUAUCUCCGAGAUGUGAUAUUGAUUCAGCUGACGUCGGUGAAUCUGGGACGAGUACUCCAGAAGAGGAACGAAGAUUGCGAACAAUCCUGAAGUAUCAUCGAGCCAUCUUUCUGGGAGAUGGGAAUGCGGUUCCGGCUCCGGCACGAGGCGUCACCUGUGAUUUGGAUGUUGGGGAGCCGAACCCCGUUGCCCAACGUCCCCGGUCCGUGACACUUAUAGUGUAUGAAUUGCUGAAGAAACUUUUGGAAACCCGACUCAUCGAGCAUUCGGAAUCACCAUGGGCAUCACCUAUCGUUAUUGUCCUCAAGAAAAAUGGCGUGGAUAUCCGA